AUUAUAUCAAUCUAGUAGUACAAGAAAAUGAGGUUCAUUGCCCUUGUGUUCCUGGUUGGUGCUUUGGCCAUUAUAGCUGUUGAAUGCAACUCUGAAGGAGAUGCUCUUAAUGCAUUCAAAACUAAUGUGGCAGACCCAAACAAUGUGCUUCAAAGCUGGGACCCAACUUUAGUCAAUCCUUGCACAUGGUUGCAUGUCACGUGCAACUCCCAAAAUAGUGUUGUGAGAGUGGACCUAGGUGAUGCUAACCUCUCUGGAUCCUUGGUACCUCAAUUGGGAAUGCUAAACAAUCUUCAAUACUUGCAAAUUCAAAGUAAUUCAAUUAGUGGAGCAAUUCCAAGUGAAUUAGGGAACCUAACAAAGCUAGUAAGCUUGGGGUUAGAAAAUAACAAGCUCAGUGGCCUUAUUCCAUCAUCUCUUGGCAAUUUAAAAUCCCUACGAUGGAUGAGAUUGGAUAGUAAUAAAUUAUCAGGGGAGAUUCCGAUUUCCGUCUUGAAGCUCGUCUUGUGGGGCAAUUUGCAGCUUAUGAAUGUUUCAGACAAUAAGCUGGCAGGGACUGUCCGUCAUACUAACAAAACAGGAUUUGCAAUUACAACAAUUGUUCAAGACUUCAAGGCCUAGAUCAGGUUACUUGUCAACGUUUGGCAAUAUUGCAUUAUCCUGCCAAGUUGCAGUAAUUCUAUAUACUUAUAUUAAUGUGUCAAGUCAAGUCCUAAAUCAAGAUUUAGGAUAUUGUCAUUUUGAAUAAUUAUUAUUAAAAUGUGAUUGGAAUAUAUGUACGUAAGGAAAAUAAUUACGUUAUUACUCGUAUUAUAUUGAUGUUGUUAUU